AUGGGUUAUUGCGUUUCGUUUUUGAAUUUCGCGCCUUCCUCACGAACAAACGAGCAUCUUCAUUUGCUGCCGCCGCGCCGCCGCCGUCGCCGGACUGUUUACUGUGGAAACCGUCGUACACAUGUUUCUGUUUAUUAAGUUUUUCAAGAGAAAUUAGACAGGAACUUCACGAUGAUUAUCCCUGUUCGUUGCUUCACAUGUGGGAAGGUAAUUGGAAACAAGUGGGAAGCUUAUUUGGGUCUUCUUCAGGCAGAGUACACAGAAGGUGAUGCCCUCGAUGCCUUGGGUUUGAAGAGAUACUGCUGCCGAAGAAUGCUGCUGGGACAUGUAGAUCUUAUUGAGAAGCUUCUAAAUUAUGCUCCUCUGGAGAAAUAGCUUUAUAAAAUGAUGACAUUUCUUGAUAGCAUUACAGAAUGGAAUUUUUAAUUCAGUGCUUUUGUAUAUAUGUGAUCAGUUUCCUACAUCUAAAGAACUACAAUGUGUUAAGUUGAUGUCACGAAUGGAGAACUAUGUGACGUGCUCUUAUUUUAAUGUUUGUUCCUUAAACUUGAAAUGUAAAUAAAGUGUAUUUGUAUUCAGU